AUGAAUCCCCCCGAGCGACCCCCUGUAACAGCCAAUUCGGUUGCCAAAGAGUAUUUUGGAAAGGAGCUGGAAGCGCAUGCCACUUUGCAAUCUCCUGUCGUUGUCAUCGUUCAUGAUGCAUGUUACGGACAUCGCUUUGCAAGGCCUAGAUCGACUAAGAAUGCCUUGGCCAGCAUUGUGGAAAGACCUGAGCGCAUUCACGCCACUCUGCUCGGUGCUGCCACUGCGUAUGUGCGACUCGGUGGACGGCAUCAGUACGGUCGGUAUAUGCCUCGACCUAAGCAUGAUCGGGCAGAUGUCAAGGAUGUCCCAUUUCAGAUUCGAAAGACAUCUCGAACCCUCCCUCUCAGUCACCCCGCCGUCACUUAUGUUCAUGGCGCGAAAUGGAUGGAAGAACUACAGAUCAUGUGCGACUCUGCGGAAGCCAAAUUGACGAUGAACGGAAAGGAGUUGGUCCGGCCAACUGGAUAUGGAAAGGACGAAGGAGGAAAUGCUCUUCCUAAGUUGCACGAAGGUGACCUCUAUCUCUGCCGGGAGUCACUGGAUGCCUUGCAAGGUUGUCUGGGAGGGGUCUGUGACGCCAUUGAUACUAUCUUCUCGUCGAAUCCCACAAAGCGUGCCUUCGUGUGUAUUCGUCCUCCAGGCCAUCAUUGCUCCUCGAACUUUCCCUCUGGCUUCUGCUGGUUGAACAAUGUUCAUGUUGGGAUCUCAUAUGCAGCCAUGAAUCAUGGACUAACGCAUGCUGUCAUCAUUGAUUUUGACUUGCAUCACGGCGAUGGCUCUCAAAACGUCGCUUGGGAUCAAAACCGCAAGGCUCAAAACCUGCCCAAGAACGCUGCCGCUCAUCGGAAAACGCCAAUUGGCUAUUAUAGUCUCCAUGAUAUCAACUCAUAUCCAUGCGAAUGGGGCGACGAAGAAAAAGUUCGAAAUGCUAGUCUAUGCAUCGAAAAUGCACAUGGACAAUCCAUCUGGAAUGUCCAUUUGGAGUCGUGGAGGUCACAUGAAGAAUUCUGGAAGCUCUACGAGACCAAAUAUUUGGUACUGCUGGAGAAGGCUAGGGUUUUCCUUCGACACCAUUCCGCUAAAUUACGCGCGGCAGGACACCAAGAGCCCAAAGCUGCCAUAUUCAUAUCUGCAGGAUUUGAUGCAAGCGAGUGGGAAAGUGCUGGGAUGCAGAGACAUAGCGUCAAUGUGCCGACUGAGUUCUACGCAAGAAUCACCGCAGACCUGGUCAAGCUAUCACAAGAAGAAGACACAGGAGUUGAGGGUCGCCUGAUCAGCGUUCUUGAGGGCGGAUACAGCGAUCGGGCCCUUACCUCUGGUGUAUUGAGUCACAUUUGCGGUCUGGCCACUGACGCUGCCCCUUCUUUGCCAUCUUCGUCCGAUGUUUCGGAUACGCCAAAGUUCCAAACCAUAAACAACUGGAUCCCCGAAAAUUCGGCGUUGGCCAACGGUCCAACUCUUUCUUUCACUCCCGAUUGGUGGGCACUCGAUAAUUUGGAAGAACUUGAAGCAGCCGUCGCUGGGCGUCAACCUGCUGGUCCCAAAUCUCUUCAAGACAAGACUGGAAAUUAUUCCUCCCCAACUCACGCCUCCACGCUCAAGAUGACCGAAAAUGCCCGUGACAGACAUUCCCUAUCUGCGCUGCAAGCUCGGUUAUCUUUAGAGUCACAGUAUGUCCCACCACCACCCGAUGUCAGCUGGGCUAUUGCGUCCUACGAGUUGUCCCGCGUGAUCAUUCCUUGUGACCGCCAGACACUUAGUUGCACACAUGAGGAACUCAAUGCCGAAGCCACAAAAGUUCGUCGUGAACGGCAAUCAAACAUUGGAGUUGUGGCUCCCUCGGAUGAACGGAUGCAGCUUCGGGAUCGAAGAACCAAGGUCCAGGCAGCGGAGUUUGGUGGUGUGAGAACUUCAUCACGUAAUGGCAAUAGGAGAACUACCAUUGCAGCCGUGAGCGAGUUGCCUGAUCCGACAACGCCAGUACCUGCCAUGCCCAACGGGAGACCACGUCGUAGAUCCAGUGAUGCUUCAAGCAUAUUAUCUGGUUUCCAGGGCAUGAAGCUUUCUGACGAUACCAGUGCAACUUCAGUGAAACUACCAGUCAACGGUACUAGCCAUGCCUCCAGAGCUCCGCCUAGCGUUCCGGAAAAGGCUGCAAAACCAGUUGCUGUCAAGAAGACCAGAGCUGCUCCGACCACCAAGGCUCCCGUCAAACCGAAAACAAGCCCUCGAAAGCCUAGAGCAACUCCACCUAUUCCUGUAAAUAGAGCAUCGGCAGCAAAGUCGGAGUCCCUCAAUGACAGCAACGGCGUCAAUCAAGAAUUCACUGCCAGUGGAAGAGGCCCCUCCACUUCGUCACUGGAUAGUGGCAAUGCAGGCUCGAAGCCGGAUGACAUGGAUGUCCUUGCAAAUGGCAUGAAGAAGAUUAGUAUCAAAUUGAAGGUGCCGACACCAGAGGAACACGCAGCGAAACAGCAGAAGAUUCUUGAAGAGAAACAGAAGAAGCCCCGUGCCACUAGAAAGCCUGCUCUGCCGAAGCCUGUCAAACCGACAAAGCCCAUCCAACCUACAUCAAAUGAUACACUUGUAUCGAUCCAGCCGAGGCCUACACAGAAUCCGAAAACCGAAGGUCCGGCCGUGAUUGAUACCACUGCUAUUCAAAAUGGACCUCCAGUGGUAACUGCUCCCGUCGCAGAGCCGGUCAAUCCCUCGUUUACAAGCACACGAGUCUUUCCAGCGCUCCCUCCUGUUGGAUCUCUACCACUAGGGCCAAAUCAAAACCACGACGUCCUCAAUGACACUGCUCUUGCAAGAAUGCAGUCUCAAUUUCCACCUUCAACUGCAUUGAAUGUCGAGCCUUUGCGUAGCUCGAACGCAACGCAUAUUGACCAGCCACCUCCUCCAAUGUAUAGACAAGACCCAGCGAUCUCGGGGAAUCACCCAGUCGAGCCAGUGAUUUACUCAUCAAACACUAUUCUACAGCAGGUUGCUCCGGUUCAAGGAGCCCCGUGGCCUCCAUCAACCACGAUGAUGACUCCGAAGCGGUCAAAGGAGGAUCUCCCCGUAUUCACAUCUCAUUCGCCAAUUCCAUUCUCGGCCCCGCAGCGAGCGAAAGGAAACCCGACAGGGCCUGAAUCCUCGAUUUGGGACAUUCCAGAGACGCCGCACCAGCAGUAUAUGAGGGAGGAUACUUUUUGA